AUGCCGCGGAGAGCGUGUUAUGCGUGCCGGUCUAGCAAAGUCCGCUGCAAAGUCCAGGAUGGUGCAACCGGCUGUGAGAGAUGUGUGGCGAGAAAGCUUCACUGCUCCUACGCGCCCAAGUCCCAGUCUUCAUCUCGCUCAGAUGUAAUCCCCAGUUCCCCAUGGGCGCCGUCAGAGCAAAGCGUCUUCGAGCCUCCUCCGAUGAGACAAGCUAACCAAGACUAUCGGAUGGAACGUGGGACUCUGGGGUUAGACGUUGGAAAAGGGCGCCCAGAGGAUCUUCUCAGAGAGGGAGAGUUUACUCACUCUCUAAUACUCCUGUAUUUCAGCAACUUCAGCGAUAUUCACUUCAUGUUCGAUGAGGAGCUAUUCCUUGCCGACUUUUCCACCAGUCAGAUCCCAAAGGUUAUCCUCUACUCCAUCAUGGCUCUGAGCAUUCGAUUCUCAAUGGCGCCAUUCACCGAAGAUCUACCACCGUGUCACAGGGGGGAGCUUCUUUUUAAGCACGCCCGAAGCCUCCUCGUCGAAGACUUUGACUGGCCGUCUGUUCCGACAAUCCAAGCUUACCUCUUGUUGGGUACCUAUAAACUGGCAUUUGGCGGCUCAAGACAAGCAUAUGUGUUUCUUGGCUUCGCGGCGAAUAUGCUCAGAGCUCUGAGACUACUGGAUAUCAGCGAGGGCGAGCCAUCUGUGUCUGUGGAGACACAUAGACGGCUCAUUUGUACCAUGGCACUCAUGGAUAGACUGAUAUCCUUUCCACUCAGGUUGACACCGCACUUUUCUCGCAGAGACAAGAUUCCCCAUAUGUUGCACGACGAUGAGUUUCUAGCCUUGAAGCGAGGCAGAGCAAAUCAGACUUUAGGAGCUCAUUCAAAUGUCAAAGCUGUCAGUGUGUCUCAGGAAGUCAUGUUUCUUUCAGAGAUACUAGCUGAGCUUUACGAGCUGUUCCAUGACGGCCAGGAUGAUGUUCAUCAGGUUCUGUCCAGGUUCACCCGUCAUUCAGCAACAAGAAGUGCCAGCCUUCUUUGGACUCCCUCCAAUAUCUCUCAUCACUUGCGCCACGAUACCCUUCGGCAGUUUGCAUACAUGCACCUGCUAUAUCACCAUAUCGGCCAAUUAGUCCACUUCAAGGCCCUCAGGCCGACUUCGACCCAAAGUCAAACACAGAGAGAGUCAGCUGCAGAAUGCCACCGCCAUGCCAACUCGAUUGCAGUAAUUGUUGAGACUCUAUGGGAUCAGGCCGGCUUUGAUCUACACAACUUUUCUGUCGGCAAGAUUCUUACCACGGCGGUUGUGGUAUAUGCUCAUGCUCUUCUGGAAGCUUCUACAACAGAGGCAAUUCAACAACUACACGAUCAAAUAACCAUUCUGACGGGUUGCAUACACCGCAUUCAGAACCAUACGCGAAUGUUCAUAUGGGUACAUCAACACUUGGAAACGUUUGUAAACAUGUUCAGUCGCGACAAGUCAAUCUGGGCAAGGAUGUUCAAUGACAACCCUCAUCUUCUACGCCAGAUGCUAUAUCUUGGGAGCUACUACGAAAAGUUUGACCCGCGGACUGCAGGGCGCCGAAUAGGGAUCGAGGCAUUGUUGGAGUCAAUGUGA